AUGGAGGCGGAUCACAGACAGAAAGUUCCUACGGAGCUUUGGGAGCGAAUCUUUGCCUUCGUGUGCUUUUCACCACUGAGAAAUAGGCACCAGUCUCUUAAGAUCACAACACACCCCUCCAUCAAAUCGCGUGCGGUCAUCAUGAUUGCUCCCAUGAUACUCUCCCAUGUCUGCUCUGGUUGGAGAGAAAUCGUCAUUCACUACCCAAGGCUAUGGUCUUUCAUCAAGAUCCAGCUUUGGGCAGGAUUCCCCAAGGGCGGGACGUAUCUGGCCACCACCUUCUUGGAAAGGUCCAUGCCUCAUCCGUUGGAUCUCGAGGUUUCUAUGAUGGAGACCAUGUGGCGAUCGGAAUUUGCUACGGCCGCCUUGGAAGUCCUCAAAUGUCACUUUGCACGAUCCGAGCGACUAGUCCUCGACUCGGGCGAUUGGUUAGAUCCAUUCGUUCUCCUUCCCUUACAAGAACUGGACAUGACAUUCAACAAUUUGUUGUCUUUCCACGGUGGACACGGAUUUCCACCCUUGAAUGACGACUGCGAACUAGAAACGCACAAACCCCUCUGGCGGGCGCUACGUCAAGCUUCAAAGCUGACCAGCGUGCAGAUGCAGCGUUUUUAUCUUGUUGACGUAUUCCCCUGGCAUCAGCUCACUACAUUGACCAUUGAAUUUAUCGCUGGAGAGGAUAUUGAAAAAUUCCUCAAAAUCCUAGAUGUUUCCAAAAAUCUCCAUACUCUGAUACUAAAAUAUUUCGAGUAUGCCACUGAGCUUCCUCUUGAUGCUAGCCCUCGCCAGGUGGAAAUACCCUCUUUACGCACGCUUUCCAUCUGCUCCAGAGUUGGCAGUGGGGAGGAAUUUAGCCCGAUUGAAAUACCCAAUUCCAUUCUCGACAAGUUAUGCGCCUCAUUCGUGAUGCCUUCCCUUUCCAACUUCGAGUUUUCGUGCGAGUCUGUGGACUCAGAAUCAGCGUGUGUCAUGAGUUGGCCCGUGCCACUACUGGACAUGCUGCAACAAUCAUCGGCCACUUUGCGUCGUGUAUCGCUUGGUAUCGAUUUCGACCGGGAGUCAAUUAAUUCUGCAGAAUGGCCUCCCCUCUCGGUGCUGUUAUCAAGAACCCCUCACCUAACCCAUUUUCAGUUCGACGCCAUGGGGACAUUUUGCGAUCCUCAAGGAGGGUUAAAGCUCAGUAAAAAAAUCAUCGUACCGUUCCUUUCCGACCUUAGAAAUACGUCGGAUAACGUCCUCCUCCCGGAGCUCUCCCAUAUAGCCUUGUUGAAUGUCGGAAAAUUGGCACCUGACAUCAAGAAAUUGGCCCUCAGUGUGAAGGCCUGCAGAAAGCGUUCCUCCCUUUCUAAAAUCGGUAGCAGUGUUUCUCCGUUGCAAGAGUUUCGUUAUAGUUCUUAG